CCAUCCACCCUUCCUUUGACAAGGAUAACUAACAUCCGCCAUCAUUCAUUUCCAUUACCCUUUUUCACGUCAACAACAACAACUUGUCCCAAAUCCCAUUUUUUUCAUCUUUUCUUUAAUCAUUGACAUAUAAAUACCCCCAAUCCCCUCCUCUCUCUUUCUCGCAACACAGAAGAAUCAUACUAGCUACUUGCUAAAAUGGAAGACAAGCCAAGAACACAAUCCAUUAGUAGUUGGGUCAGAGGUAAUUGCAUAGGACGGGGCUCAUUCGGCACCGUAAACUUAGCCCUCACCCACCCUCACGGCAGGGUACUCGCAGCAGCCAAGUCAGUUCAGAUUUCAAGUCAGGCGGCUAAUUCCCAACAGAUUCAGGCCUUGGAGAAUGAAAUCCAAAUUCUAAGCUCUGUUUCUUCCCCUUGGGUGGUCCAAUACAUCGGAGAUGACGUGUCUAGGGAGUUAAACGGGUCUUACAGGAAUCUACUUAUGGAGUACUUACCCGGUGGUACUGUUGCCGACCUUCCGCCGCCGCUCUCAGGCGGCGCCGGCAACGAAGAGGUCGUGAAAUCGUACACUUGGUGCAUAACCUCUGCCCUGAGGUAUAUCCACUCAAAGGGUAUUGUUCACUGUGACGUGAAAGGAAGGAACAUUCUUCUUGGACCCAAUCCCGGCACAGCCAAGCUCGCCGACUUCGGGUCGGCGAUUUUAAUACAUGACGAUGAGAUUAAAGUCAGGCCGACUCGGGGAAGUCCACUGUGGAUGGCGCCGGAGGUCAUUCGAGGGGAGUAUCAGGGAUUUGAGUCUGAUUUAUGGUCAUUGGGAUGUACGGUCAUCGAGAUGCUUACCGGAAAGCCGGCGUGGGAAGACAACGGCGCUGACACGCUAAUCAAGAUUGGGUAUUCCGACAAGGUACCAGAUUUUCCUAAUGGGUUGUCAGAAAUCGGCCGGGAUUUUCUUGAUAAAUGCUUGAGGAGGAACAGGGCGGAGAGGUGGAGCUGUGAUCAGCUCCUUGAACAUCCGUUUAUCUCUUCGUCGGCGGCGCCGGAGUUCAAUUUGAUGACACGUCAUCAUCCAUCUCCUCGAUGCGUGCUGGAUUGGCCGUCGAUCCAGUCGGAGUAUUUCUCCGAAGAAGAAAUCGACAUGGAUUCGACCAAAAGAAGAAUUGGUAAAUUGGUUUCAAAUACAGAGGAGAUAAAUUGGGAAUCGGACGGAUGGACGGAAGUGAGGAAUUUGGUCGGUGAUGGAAAGUCAGAGGAAUAUCCAAAUUGUAGUAAUUACGGCCAAGAUAGAGGGGUAAUAUUGGAAGAUGAUGAAUUUGGCGGCGGCGAAGCCAUUGAUGGAGGACGGCGGCGAGGUAGUGAGUGUUGCCGGCGAGAUGGCGGUUGGUUAACCGUUUUGGGGAGAAGUCAAACUGUUUUCGAUAAUAAAAAGUCAAUGGAGUUGACAAUAUUUGAUUUAGUUAAAUUGUUGUGUGUAAUUUUGGUGAGAUUUCAAAAUUUGAGUUUAAAAUUAAUGAAUAUUAUUAAUAUGUUAGAGUAU